CACAUUCGGCUUUUGUCCGGCUACCCAGACACCGCGCUACCACCGCCGUCGCCGGUACUUGGUCGGUAUCUCUAUGUAUAUGUGAAUUACGAAAGCUAUGUAGUUUAACAACGUGAUUAAAAUAUAUUUAUAAAUUCAUAAAUUUAAAUUUAAGAGUUUCAAAUGUUAGGUAACAUUUGAAAUAAUAAAAAAAAAAUGAUAUCAAUAAUCUUUGCAAUCAAAGAUAUUGCAAUUACAUAAAAUAUGAAUCGUGUUGAUAUACAUUAUUGAAUCGCUUAACAUGUACGGGUUUACUGCCUAUAAACUACACACAGUUACUCCAAAUCCAUGUCGGUCAUCCGAUACCGGACGAAGGACAUCUGCAACCGUUCAUUAUAAUCCGAAAAUCCCGUUCAACAGUACUACGGAUCAUAUUUACAGAACAAAAGAUACUUUCAAAUCUUCAACAGUUGCUUCUUCUACAGCCACGUGUUAUAGACGUGGUGCGCCAAGAUAUGCUUUAGUAGAUCAAAAUACAUCAUUUGGUCGUGGGUCAUUUCCAAACGAUUACAAUGAUGACGGCCUUGACGAUUAUUUAAGUCACAGGCGGUACUCGGCAGACGAAUGUACCUUAGAUACAGGUCGAAAAUCUUUAACGUUCGAUUUGUAUGAUAAGAAGCUUUCAGAAAGCAUACACGACGUACAAAAGAAAUUUCAUGAAAUCACUGUAUACGAAAACACCUCUGUUAAAGAGAUGACACCAGAAAUACCAGAUCCAAGAGUGCGAACGCCACCAGAAUUAUCACGUAUAAAUACAGAUGACCCAGCAGAAUGUGUUCAGCAGAUGUUAAAAGCUGCUAGAGACAUGGAGUUGGAAACAGUUAUUAAUAUUUUAACAAGCCAUGAUGAAGAAUUUUUUAGAAAUAAUAUCAAUGACACUGAUUCUACAGGUCGAACGCUGUUGAGUUAUAUGGCAUCGAGUGGCAAUGUCGAAAUAGUAGAAGAAAUAUUUAGAAUACCCGACUUGAAUUAUAACAAACCGGACAAUGAAGAUAACACACCAUUACAUUUUGCAUCGCAAGCAGGUCAAUCUGAAAUUGUAUGUUUAUUAUUGAACAACUGUCUAAAACUAGAGAUUGAUGCCAGAAACUGUUUGGGGUUCACACCACUAAUGAAGGCUGCUCUUCAGGGGCGUACGAAAUGCGCGAAAUUUCUACUGUAUGCAGGAGCAUCGCCCACCAUGCGGGACACGGGUCGCGGAUUGCGAGCCGAACAGUGGGCCAGAUUUUGCGGCCGGUACAAUUGCGCGGACGCGAUCGAGAAGUUGGCGCGCAACCGAUUGCUGGAACGGACGACGUCGUACGGCCGGUGGGGCAGCGAUCCGGAACUGGGCCCUCACAUGCUGAUCAACGGCCGACUGAUGCAGCCGCCGGCCGCGUCCGCGGUGGCCACGCUCCAGCGCGCGGCCACGCAGCACCACCGGUCGAUCAAGUCCAAGCUGAAGCGGGCGUUCCGCACGUCGUCCAAUCCCGACUCGACCGGCGGCACCGCCAACCAGUAUUCGCUGGUGUCGCAGCUCACCGGCGCGGCCCUGUGCGCCAGCAGCCCCGCGUUGCCCGUGCACACCCGCGCGAAACCCAUGGUCAAGUCGUUGCUCAGACCGUUGACCGUGCCAAAGGUGACCGUCACCGGAUUGCAGGAACCGGUGCAGCAUCACCAGCAAACGCCCGUACCGCCACCGUCCCCGAACGCCGCCGAUUCACGGACCGGUAAAAAACAGAAGAACAAAAAACGAUGAUGAUGACCGACGAACGGGUUACGGGGUUUUAAUAUUGCCAACAUUAUUAUUAUUUUAAUAUCAUUUAAUAACUAUUUCCAUCGUGCGGUACACUGCUGCUGCUGCUGCUGCUGCUGUAGGUAUAUGAUAUCGCCCAUUUUCUCUUAUAUUAUAUAAUAUUAUGUAUAUGGUGACGACUGUACAGUAAAGGUACAGUUAUAUUAUAUGUCGUGUCACCGAUCUUUUGACUUUCAUCAAAGUGGGGGUUAAAUGCAUUGCAUUUUUUAUCGAGUGAGUGUCCCGCGUGGGCGGGAGUGGCGAGACAUUGUAGGAAUUGAUCGUUUUGGUAUUUCAUAACGAGUAAGGUUUCAAGCUCAAAAUCAAUAAUAUGUAUAUUGUCGAUAACCGUCAUGAUAAAUAAUAUAGUACCCUUAACACGGGGAAGGAAUUUUUCAAAAAUUCUUUCGCUCCGGUGAUUUAAAAUCAGAUUGACGCCACUGCAGGCCUUUAGUGUAAACAACGGCGCACGAAAUAUAGUGGAAUUCGGUAUUAGGAAUUUAGUAAUAAUAAUAAUCAAGAAAAUGUCAGCGAGUGCAGUAAAUAUUUUUCUCUCUCUGGCCCGCACAAAACACGGACAAAAAGCAUUCACUCAAAAUCGUUUUUAUAUUUUUUUAUGUUUUACGAAUAAUUUUACUUUAAAACUGUUCAUCACAAAAGUGGUAGAAAAUAAUAUUUUGGGCGGGAAUUAAUUAUCGAUUUGUGUAAAUAGUGUGUCUCAAAACAAUAUUUUAAUAUCCAUCUAAAUUUAUAAAAAAAAUAACAAUAUUUAUAAUCGAUACCUAUACAACCUAUAUCAAAACAUUAAAAAUAUUAGAUUUUACUUUAAAAUUACUCGAAAUUCAUAAUAAAAAAACCUACAUUCUUCUGUAAAUAAGUUUCAUCUAUGUUGCGUAUGAGUCUGAGAGAGAAACGAUAACAUAGCACUGACAUUAUCUUAUGGGAUUCGCAAUAAUAUCAGCACAAUAACAUUUUGAAAUAUCUAUCAUCAUCUUAGAGCUCACAGAAAGUAGUCUUCAUCAUAAAAUAUAAUGAUUAUGGGUCUUAAUCUCUCGGAAAAUUAAUAUGCGCCGUAUUCACGUUUUUAAAUUUAAUCCUAAGUAUACAUUGUUUUACAUACCUAUUAUAUAAGUACUAAAACAGUAACGGUGCAGCUCUUGCAUAAGGCAUAACUUAUGGCUCCCAACUGGCUAUUUAAGACGAUUAUAUAUUUCGUUAUCUCAUGGUAUCAUGUAUUAAAUGAUCUCAUGGCAUUUUAUCUCGAUAUUUAAUUUUUUUUUAUUAUUAUUAAAAAUAUGUUCUAAUAUAUAGGUAUCUUUCAUAUUAGGUAUUAUAUUAAAUCAGCGUUUCUUAAACUGUGUUUCGCGGAACCUUAGGAUUCGGCGAAAAUCAUUUCAGGGAUCCGCAAAACUAAAGUGCUUUUUUCAAAACGUUCAAAUCUUACUAAAGAUUAGCGACUAGCAAGGAAAAAUGUUUUACGCGUCACAACUAUUGAAACAAAGUACAAAGACUAACUAUCGAGCGGUAAUAACUCAUUGUUGAAUAUAUAAGUAGCUAAAAAUCUAAAAAAAAACGUAUAGGGGUUCCACGAUUAAAGUGAACACAAAAAAGGGUUCUAUGGAUAAAAAAGUUUAAGAAACGCUGUAUUGAAUAAAAGAAUCAAUAGAGGUUAUGUGGUAUACUGGAGUAGAAAUCAUAAAUCUAAUACUGUGUUGAGGUAGGUAUAGUCAUAUUAUAUGUCUAUAUAUAAUAUCUUACCUAUUCUGGCUAUUUUAUACUUAAGACGUGAGUUCACUUCAGAAACGAUUAAAUUGUUAUAAAGUGAUUUUUUUUGAAAAUAUUGAUACACAUUACACAUGCAUCUAAAUUAAAAUUCAAACAAAAAGUUUUUUCAGGUAUUAAAUUUAAUACUCUAAGGAUAAUCGUGGUCUUACGUAUAAUAUAAAGUAGUAGUAAAGUUUAGUCUAAUUACAUAGGUAUCUACUAAUAUCUAUAUACCUACUAAUUAUAUUCGGACAAUUUUAAUAAAAAUAAACACUAAAUGAUUAUAAAUUACUUUUAAUCUAUUAUCAUUAGUAAUUAUUUAAUAAAUGUAAAAUAAUAUAAUUUAAUAUUUUAUACAAAAAUAAUAGUAGAAGAGGGGCCCUUCCGCCACACUGAAUUUCGGCCUGCUGUAUUUUUUGUUCCGUAUUUUCCGAUUAUUAAAGAAUUAAGUGUAAGACUAAGCAUUUUUAUUUUUUUAUUUCUUCCAUAAAGAUUAAUACAUACUUAUCUAUUGUUAUAACUUAUAACUUUUAUUGGAAAAAAAAACUAUAUUUUUAUUAUUUAUUGUAAUUUUUAUUAAACAAUAUGAAUGUUUUAUUAUAUAUAGUUAAAUAAAAUGUUGCGUACCUACCUAAUUAGAAAGAUAUACAAAAACUUAAAUAUUUUUAACUGCUAUUCAAAAUGUUUAAAAUAUGGUAAACAACUUUACAAUGCACGAGUAGAAUUAAAAAUAUUUGAUAUGGUAAGUCAAUUUUUAAUCAGAUUUCAUUUACAGACAAUUCUUUUUGAAUUUUCAUUUCUUAACAUAUUUUAGUUUAUUUGUGGGUUCCAAAAAUAAUACAUUCAUGUUGUUGUGAAUAAAUAAAAAAAACAUUGACCUUUUUAUUUAGAUUAUACAUUUAUGCUAUAUAAAAUGUAUGCUAAGUAUGGCUUAAGAUAUAAAUCAGUGUAUGCGUUAGUGCAUAACCACUUACCUACUUAUCCAGCUAAUACCUACUUAAGAUUAGGUAGGAUGGUAGGUAUAUAAUAGUCAGAUUUGAGCUUGUCACAUCUGCAUAUUUUUUUUAUGUAUGAUUAAUGUCUUCAAUACAAAUAACAAAGCCAUUGAGAUGAAGUUAAUGCACAUAAAACAAGGUACCUACUUGCCUUCCUAGUUUAAAUACAUAAUAAAUAGUUAGUAGUUAUCUACCUACUGCUGCAGACGCUUAGUAGAAAUUUCUAAAUCAUGUUUUAAUUAUGGGUAGUUACCCAACUAUAAGUAGAUAUUUACUAUGAAGAACAAAGUU